AUGGGUAAAGGGUACAGCUCUGCGAUUGCCUCGAACCCCUACAUCGUCGGCUCGUUUGCAUGCAUCGGCGGCGGGCUUUUCGGGCUUGAUAUCUCGUCGAUGUCCGGCGUGCUGAGUAACAAUGCGUAUAAGAAGACCUUUUCGAAUCCGGGUCCCAACGCGCAGGGCGCUAUCGUCGCGGCGAUGCCUGCAGGCUCGUUCGCCGGCGCACUUCUGGUCACGAAACUCGGGGAUCUACUUGGCCGCAAGAAGGUCGUCAUUAUCAGCGGGUGGAUAUGGGUUAUUGGCAGCAUAUUGCAAUGUGCCGCGGUGAAUCGUGGCAUGCUCGUCGUUGGUCGCGUCAUCUCCGGUAUCGCAGUCGGCAUCGCCAGCGCGGUCGUGCCUGUCUACCAAUCUGAAAUCACCCCUCCUGCCAUCCGCGGUCGGAUGGUUUCGUUGCAACAAUGGUCAAUCACUUGGGGCAUCCUGCUGCAGUACUUUGUCGAAUUCGGCUGCUCGUACAUCAACGGCGUCGCGUCUUUCCGGAUUCCCUGGGGCCUGCAGAUGAUCCCGGCCAUCAUCCUGAGUUUAGGCAUGUUAAUCUUUCCCGAGAGCCCCCGGUGGCUCGUCGACCACGAUCGCCCGGAGGAAGCGCUGGAGGUCCUCGCAGACCUGCACGGCAACGGAAAUGCGGACGAGGAGCUCGUGCAGCUCGAAUUCGCCGAGAUCCGGGAACAGGUGCGGUUUGAGCGUGAGCAGGGUGCCAAGUCGUACUUGGACCUCCUCCAACCUGGAGUUCUUCGCCGUGUCGGCCUCGGGUCUGCGCUACAGAUGUGGAGCCAGUUAUCUGGGAUGAAUAUCAUGAUGUACUAUAUCAUCUACGUUUUCCAAGGAGCAGGUCUGACGGGUCGGCAUGGGAACUUGAUCGCGGAUUCGGUGCAAUAUGUACUGAAUGUCCUGUUCACUAUACCCGCUAUCAUCUACAUCGACAAGUGGGGCCGGCGCCCGAUGCUGAUUAUAGGUACACUGCUCAUGGGCUUCUGGCUCUUCCUCGUCGGUGGCCUGCAGGGUCGUUACGGACAGUGGGGCGACGUCGACGGCUCUCGCGUGUGGGUCAUCACAGGGAACAAGCCGGCAACCCACGCGAUCAUCGUUUGCUCGUAUUUCUUCGUGUGCAGCUUCGCUAUCACUAUGGGCCCCACGUCUUGGACGUACCCAGCUGAGAUCUACCCGAUGCGAGUACGGGCCAAGGCCGUGUCGGUCGCAACAGCCACGAACUGGGUGUUCAAUUUCGCUCUCGCGUGGGCGGUGCCUCCGGGCCUGUCGUCGAUCGCGUACAAGACGUACUUCAUUUUUGGCACAUUCAACUUCGCCGCGUGCAUCCACAUCUUUUUCUGCUUCCCCGAGACUGCCGGUCGUUCGCUCGAGGAGGUGGAGGAAAUCUUCACGCAGGGCCACGUAUUCACCGCAUGGCGCAUCGGGCGCGACGUUGGGAAAAGGACCCUCGCGGACGUCACGAAGAACGCGAAGGACGACAUGGUCGACGAGAAGGCGUGA